UGUAGACGAGCGUAAGCUCAUGCGCAAGAUCGACUGGCAUGUCGUGCCAUGGCUUGCCGUCCUUUACCUCUUAAAUUUUCUUGACCGAGGGAACAUCGGGAAUGCAAGAUUGUAUAAUAUGCAGAAUGACCUCCACAUCACAGACUCACAGUACCUAGUCGCGUUGACCGUAUUCUUCUUCCCUUACUCACUCUUUGAGCCCCCGAGCAACAUCGCCUUGAGGAGAUUGAGGCCCUCUCGUUGGCUCUCCUUCAUUAUGCUCGUGUGGGGUAUAGCUAUGACUUUGCACGGUGUUAUCCGUAAUUAUGGCGGGCUUGUCGGGUUGCGCUUUCUCCUCGGGCUUGCUGAAGCAGGCAUGUAUCCUGGUGUUGUAUUCUAUAUGUCGUGCUGGUACAAGCGGAGCGAGCUCGGUACCAGGGUGGCAGUAUUCUUCUCGUCAGCAACGGUCGCUGGUGCUUUUAGCGGCCUGCUCGCAGCCGCCAUCCAUAAUAUGGAUGGAAUAGGCGGGAAGCCUGGGUGGGCCUGGAUAUUUAUCCUCGAAGGACUCUUCACCGUCAUCUGCGCUGUCGCUUCGUUCUUCAUUCUGCAAGAUUUUUCCGAUACUGCGAAGUUCCUUACGGAGACUGAACGUGUCUGGGUGGUACGCCGGCUACAGGAUGAUAUGAAAUUUAGCGCAGCGGGAGAAACAUUCAAGAUGAAGUACGUCUGGCAAAGUUUACGAGAUUGGAAGACUUGGAUCGCGAUGGGCAUAUACAUGGGGUUCGAUGGCCCUCUGUUCAGCUUCUCAUUGUUUCUGCCAACCAUUAUUAGUCAGGUAGGAUUCGAAGCGACGGUGGCUAACCUCCUAUCAGUUCCAGUCUAUGCUUGGGCUUGUGUUGUGACAGUGUCCGUUGGAUUUAUCGGUGAUCGACUCGGCCGUCGUGGCAUCAUCAAUCUGGUGCUGUUCUCGAUUGGACUGGUAGGGUACAUCAUUCUGAUAUCAUCUACCAAUCCGUCUUUAUCAUACUUCGCGGUAUAUCUCGCUGCAUCUGCAAUCUAUCCUACAAUCCCUAACUCAGUAGCCUGGGUCUCGGGUAAUGUCGAAGGUUCCUACAAGCGCAGUGCAACUCUUGGGAUGGCAAUUGGUUGGGGAAAUCUCAAUGGAGCUGUGACAUCUAACGUCUACCGUGCGGUUGACAAACCAUGGUAUCGGCUCGGACAUGGCAUUACGAUGGCGUAUGUCGGCAUCGGCUGGUUAUGCUCCUUGGCGUUUAUGUUACUCUUGCAAAGGGAAAAUGCCAAGCGCGAAGCGGGACUCCGAGAUGAAGUAAUCGAAGGCGAACACAAUCUCAAUGCUCGAGAGGAGAACGGGUGUUACAAGAGUGUCGAAGAGGCAAGGAUGGAAAAAGGCGACGACUGGAGUGGAUUUAAGUACUCUCUCUAGUGGCGCACAGUCAGACACAGGAUGAGAUCGGCCAUCUUACCAUUGUCAAAGUCCGG